AUGUCAGCAGGUCGGUCUUUACCCGGCCGUCUAUCGGAGUCUCUCACCAUGGUGCGCGGUGUAUAUCUCUUCCCCACGACCCCUCAGGCUCUUCGUUCUCGUCAUGUAUCGGUGGACCCUGCAAUCCACAAAACCAGAGGUUGUGCCGCCGGGUCAGCGAGGAUAGACAGGCCAUUCGCUGGAAACCUUCCGCUCCUAUGUCGAGCCAGGCAAGGGAUGGGGAGGUGCAGCGAAUUGGCCAUAGGCCUCAGGAAGGCCAUUGUCGAAAACGGAACAAAGCGCUGCAGCAGGAUGCAGACGCAGGUCACAGGUUGCAGUGGGUGGUGUGCAACAUUCUCGCACUGGACAGGUCUGCGACUCUCCGCCAAGGUUCAAGGUCAACCAUUCCGCCAAGAUCGCAAGAGAGCCACCGGAUGGAAAGGAAAAGCGGGGGUUGGGCCCUCCAGGAAGCGUGCAAGAUCUUCCUGCGUCUCCGCCAGAGGCCUCCGCUUCAAAGGUCACUCCUCUCUCGGGCACGCCGUCUCCUCCAAAGGCCAAGACUUCUGCCCAGCACUGUGGCACUCUCCCAACAUCUCCACGUAUUCCUCGAAUCCUCUCUCAGACUCCGUAUGGAUACGUCCAGCCAGACUCUCGAUUUCUGGGCGUUUGAGCCAAGCUCUGCUGCAUUUGUCGCCCGAUGGAUCCCCCCCUCUGGCCACCGUCUUGACCGUCUUGUCGUUCCGUCUCGCUGCCUCGAGAGGUUCCAGAUGCUCGAUUUCGGGCCCCAUGCCCUCCCCUGACUCGGGCCUCCGAGUACCCCUCCACGGCUCCGGUUGA